AUGGCUACAAACCACCCUGCUCAGAAGUCCAGCUAUCAAAAGCUCAAGAGCUCUCGCCAAUGGCUGGCUUUGCUCAUGAUCGGAGAGUCCACGAACCUUGUGUCAUCACUCCUUUACACUGUGGAUGCAUUUCAGCGUGCGACCAUUGUGGCAGAUUACACACAAUGUGGCGAUGCAGUGUUAGUGCCUAUCAUGACUUCAGAGUGCCCUACGGCAGAAAGUAUUCAGAACAUGCUUCCGGUGUGCGAUGAGUUUUUAAGCAUCGGGUCGCUUUGCGAAGCUGAUGCAGAGGCCCAGGCCAGUGACAGCACUUGUAUGGUCCUGGACAAUAUCGACAAUUGUGACCGCUAUGAUGUAUACCGCAAGGCGCAGCCAAGAUGCACGGAGGUUGGCUGUGCCAUGUUGGCCGAGAUUUUGUGGUCUACAUCGCUUCUAUCGCUUUGGGCCACCGUGGGGGUGACGAUCGGAUUCCAUACAUUCCGAAUGGCAAAGAUCAUGGAGCAAAGGCGGAAUUCGUGCCGUCGAUGGAGUGCAGCAAUCUAUUUUGCUGUGCUGUUUGCCUUUCUACUUGCUGUUGGCUUUUUGGUGGAAGGACCAGUCGCGGUACUGGUGAUGACGGUAGUUUGUCCCGUCUUGCCUCUGCACUUGUGGAUCAUGGCCAUUCGCAUUCUGAGGGGCAAGUAUGGCAAGGCAGACGAGGUACAGAACAUUCGAAGGUCAGCUGCUUUGGAGAUCCCCUUUUUCAACGUACUUGUUGCUCUGAAGCUGAAAGAGCCUGAGAAUGUUCAGACCACAAAGGUCGAACAGCUCCUGGAUUUUCGCAAGCCACUAAGCUUUCUCCUUCGCUUUGUGGAAGAUAUGCCAGAGAUUGCAGUAGCCGUUCUUGAUCUUCUUUACUUUGAGUUCUCGUGGGUCUCCGUAUUCUCUAUAGCUAUGUCAGUUGCAAUGGUUCUUGUAGCCUUGCUCACUAGAGCUGCAGCAUUUGCAAAUGAUGCAGCCGCCAGAGCAGCGGACAUUUAA